CUCAGUCUCGAACGCGAGUUCGACGCGAUAGGACAUAUUUAUAUUCGUGUUCUCUCUCUCUCUCCCAUUCGUACCGUAUCUCCAUUCGUCUACAAUUCUUUUGUCGAAGAAUUAGAUUGAAGCUUCCGUGCGCGUGCGUUUCGCUAUCGUAAAAAAAUAUUGAUCGUAUUACAUGAAAUAAAAAAAUAAAAAUAAUUUGAAAAAACGGUUGUAAAAAGUGUCCGUGAACGUCGCCGCAUAGUUGCGAAAAGUGCAUCGACGUUGCGAAAAGUGUCAAAGAGAGUGUGCUCCGGGGGGUGGGGAAAAAAGUGUCGUACACGAGUUUGUUUUUCUUUUAGUUUUGUCUUCAAACGUUUAGUCAUAAAUAACUUCCGGUGUGUGUGCGCGCGCGCGCGCGCGAUCAAACAGCGAUAAAAGAACGAGAAAAUAUCAAUAUCAGCGUUUACGGAAAAAACAACAACCCACCCACCAUCUUGAAGUGUUUUGAACGAAUAUACUGCGAGAGUUGAGAAAUAUAAAAGUACACGAGACGAGGCUGUACUUUUUGCGAAGCGAAGGAAAAUAGAGAAGUGUGUUUAAGAGGAUCUUCGAGCUAACCUGCCUUCUGGAAUUUAUUUUUUUUUGAUGAUGCUGACGUACGAAUCAAAAAACAUGCAACGGGACGAUGGGAAAAUCGCCAUACAUCUAUGAUGUGAUAAACGAUUGACCGUGGAAAAAUAGAAAGCCCUCGUGGUUCUCGCGAUGGAGGCGGGACCGAAGCAGGGCGCGUGUACAGCUGUCGGGGUUGCUGCAGGAAGCAUGAGCAUUGCCGGUGGUCAAGCUCAUGUUGUGCAGCAGCAACAACAACAGCAACAACAUGUUCACGAGCCAGCGACCGGGGAGAAUUGCAACCCUGAGGAGGGUGUCUUAACAGCGAGAGUUCACGUGCCCGAGCUCUAUGUCAGCAAAUGUCUCCAAUUCCCCAAAGAUCAGCUGGUCUGGGACGUGAAACAGCAAUGUCUUGCAUCCCUGCCAAAGGUCGCCACUUGGUACAGGGAACUCAAAGAGAGCUUCAAUUACGGGCUCUUUUGUCCUCCGGUGAACGGAAAAGCCGGCAAGUUCCUAGACGAGGAACGGCGUCUCGGGGACUAUCCAUUCAACGGUCCAGUCGGCUACUUGGAGCUCAAGUACAAGAGACGAGUUUACAAGAUGUUACAUCUCGACGAGAAACAACUUAAGGCAAUGCACACGAGAACGAAUCUACGGAGAUUGCUCGAUUACGUGGCAAACAGUCAAGUCGAGAAGAUCGCAAAGAUGUGCAGCAAGGGACUCGAUCCGAAUUUUCAUUGCCAAGAAACUGGAGAGACGCCACUGACGCUUGCAACGAGUCUGAAAAAGCCUUCAAAAGUAAUAAUAGCGUUGGUUAACGGUGGCGCCCUUCUCGAUUACCGAACAAAAGAGGGCUUGACAGCGAUGCAUCGAGCAGUUGAAAGGAACAGUCUCGAAGCUGUUAAGACGCUGCUCGAACUCGGUGCUAGUCCCAAUUACAAAGACACUAAGGGAUUGACUCCCCUUUAUUACAGCGUCAUAUACAAAACUGAUCCAAUGCUUUGCGAAACUUUGCUCCACGAUCAUGCCACCAUCGGGGCUCAGGAUCUUCAGGGAUGGCAGGAGGUACAUCAGGCCUGCCGUAACAAUUUGGUCCAACACCUCGAUCAUCUGCUCUUCUACGGUGCUGACAUGAACGCUCGCAACGCAUCGGGAAAUACGCCGUUACACGUUUGCGCGGUAAACAACACGGAUUCUUCGUGCAUUCGUCAAUUGUUGUUCCGCGGUGCGCAAAAAGACAGUCUCAAUUACGCGAAUCAGACGCCUUAUCAAGUGGCCGUUAUAGCAGGAAAUAUGGAGCUUGCUGAAGUCAUCAAAAGUUAUCAGCCCGAGGAAGUCGUACCAUUUAAAGGGCCGCCACGCUACAACCCGAAGAGACGUUCAGUGGCAUUUGGGGGUAUGACGACGAGCUGUUCGGCGAGCAAUCUGGGCACAUUAACGAGGAUACCGUCGUCGAGCGAGCAUCAGGGUACGAUCGGAUCAACGAGUUCAUCAUCGAGUACAUUAACUCGGACGAUCUCGGUGGAUCAAUAUCCAACAGGUGCGUUAAGCAGAUUAUCAAUUGCGGAACAAUAUUCAACGGGAAUAUUGAGUAGAACGUCUACGAGUGCAACAACAACGUCAACGACGAUGACAACGACGACUACGACGACAGCAGCGUCAUCGGCUUCUUCCUCGUCAUCGUCCUCCUCAUCGAGCGGCGAACCGCUGUACUCGUGUGGCAACAUUAAGCGUAACGUAGCGUCGAACAUCGAGCAAUACGCGAUGGGUACACUGAGCAGAAUAACCCCGAGCAAUGAGAAUUACCCGAAUUCUGGUACAUUAAGCAGAACACCGUCCAGCGAAAGACAAUACGCUACAACAGGAAGCCUCACCAGAGCACCGUCCAACGAGCAAUACUCGAACACUGCUACACUAAGCAGAACACCGUCCACCGAAAAAUACUCGUCAACGAGUAUAAGCAGAGCGUCGUCCACCGAACAACAGCAGCAACAGCAGCAACAACAUUCAAGUAGUAACAUAACACGAACAGAGUCCCACCAAAGCAACCUGAACAGAGUGCCGUCCAUGGAACGCUCCGACAAUGGUGCCCUCCAGAGAAUACCGUCCGAGCAGCAUCUCACGGGAACAACAACCACACGAGCACAACUACACGAACAGACUUCUCAUCAUAGCAUUAUCAGCAGAAACGAACAUCUUCAAAAUACCAUCAAUCGACUACCCUCCGAAUAUCAGAGCCCAGGAACCCUCAGAGAUCCAACUGCGAGAUCACCGGCAGCGGAGCACUAUCAAAACUUAAGAAUAGAGGGCCUGACGAGGCUACACGAGCACCGUAUCGAGUUGCAGCAUCGUCUGGAUAUUCAUGGACGUACAAUGGAGAUGCCACCGUCACCAUCGCCGAGCAGCCGAAGCCUCGCUCCCUUCAGCUCGGCUAGUUCCAGCCUUUCCGAGGGCAGCAAUCAGCCCUCCGGCGAAGAUUCUGCCAGCAUCGUCACAGACAAGAGUCUCGGCGAUACUGCUUCAGACGUUAUAAGUGACAGCUCCGGCGUCGGGACCUCGCAAUCUGACACGACCAAUUCACUCUCCAUCCCCGGAACAACUGUCGUAUGCGUUGAAAGCUACAGCAGCGGAAUCGCUGGGCAUCUCAACAUCAAUCAGGGCGAUAUCCUUGAAGUCACCGGGGCUACGGAUUGCGGUCUCUUGGAAGGAGUUCUUCGCGGUCAAGGCACCGGAUUGUUUCCAGCUCAUUGUGUCCAGGAAGUUCGACUUCGUCACACGAAUAUACCGCUUGGUCCUCAAAUCGUCAGAGAAGGUAGAAAUCGGGUUCUAGGACGACGGGAAUCCCAACACAAAUAUUUCGCAACGGCACCACGGUUAAAGAAACCAGUAACCGCUGAACCGAGAACGGUUGUGCUCCAUCGAUCGAGGAAGGGUUUCGGCUUUGUUCUACGCGGCGCCAAAGCGACUUCGCCUCUCAUGGAACUGACACCAUCGGCGAGGUAUCCUGCUCUUCAGUAUCUCGACGACGUGGACCAAGGUGGCGUUGCAGAUCUCGCGGGAUUGCGCAAAGGCGAUUUUCUCAUUCAGAUUAACGGCGAAGAUGUGACAACGGCGUCGCACGAACACGUGGUCGAUCUUAUAAGAAGGUCAGGCGAACUCGUGAGAAUGACCGUCGUAUCGCCAGUCAUAAGUCUUCCGAAUUCACAAUCCGCAGCAGCCCUACCGACUAGUCAGCCAAAUCAGAGGCAAUAUGCAACGUUACCUCGAAAAGGUAGCACCAACGUGCCAAUGAGCGGUACACUUGGAAGAUCACCGGCACCCCUGCCACCUCGACGAGAUCCAAAAACUACUCUGAGCGUGGGACGCGCGAGAGCCAGAUCGAUGGUUGCUGGAUUGGAAGGUGGAGGUGAGAAAGACGAUCGCGACGACAUUGCAUCGACCGGUGGAAAAUCGAGCAGUGCCGAAUCAAUUCAUCUUCCUCAGCAACCGUCGACCGGUUCGAACACAGGUCAAAACACGCCGGUGCAACCGAGAACAGCGAGUAUUCGAUCGAGACCAACAUCGAGUAGAAUAACCGCAGCGGAAUUAGAAGAACUCUUUCAACGUCAGCAAGGCAGCGCUAACGGCCAGUACGGCUCCUCCAUGAUGAGUUCUCACUUUCAGACUGGCCAAGCGACUAAAUCACAUCCGUCAUCGCCCGCCAAGACCGGCAGGGUCUAUGCGAGCGUUGCGGAAAUGAAGCGAAAGGGAAAAUCGAGUUCGAGAGUACGAUUCUUCGGUGGACUCGGCGGGGGCUCCGAUCUUCACAGGGAUUUCCACAGCACGCCUGAUCUCAAUGUUCAGGCGCAGUCGGCAAUCCUCGGGGCAAAAGGACAUCGCAGCCAGGAGGACGUUAACGCUCUUAUCGGACGAAACGCACUUCCACCGCCGAAUCAUCCACCUCCGCCUCCGCCCGUUGGUCAAGUUAUCAAAGUCAACGUCGGCCCAAAUGCACCGGAUGUCGUUACACCCUCUUCCGUUUACGACAACAUGGCUCACAUCCAACAAGUCAAAGAAUUGGCAGCAGCAUCGUCAGAAGGUGGUUACGGUGUAAUGUCGAGUUUCCGACCAUCGAACAGCGCGAAGCUGUACGCGUCACCGGAGGAUAUGAAAACGGUGGGUUAUCGCUCGCGCAGUUUACCAGCCCAUUCGACGGGCUCGCACAUAAGGAAAUCCCACAGCCUCCGUACACCGAAUAACGGAGGAUUCAAGCAAGCGACAAACGGACAAGCACCUUCGGGGAGCGUGACCAACGUGAGCGCGGCAUCGAAUGGGGUUAGUUCGGGAAAUCAGGCUGGCAGUAACAACCAAUACGCUCAGCCGUUAAAGACGAAUCGUAGUCACAGUAUAGCUGGUACGCGGGAGAGGAAAAAGAAGUCGAUAACGUCGAGCUCAUCGGUGACGAACCUUUCAUCGAGCGUAGCAGCGCCCCCGAUUCCCGAGCCGGAUUACAGUCUCUCGGAAUCGGAGAACGACGAGGAGGAGGAGGAAGAAAGAGAGGAGGAGGAAGAAACGGACGAGGGUGAAUCGGAAAUCACCAAAGAAUUGGAAAAAGCCGCGGCUCGUGAGAAGCUCGAAUCAACGCGGGAAACGUCCGGGAAUUCGAACGCUUCGGGAAGCAGCUCGUCGGGUAGCAGCUCUUUACCACACUCGUUCAGCGUCGAAGAGAUUCAAAAAGUUCGAACUCAAUUGAAAUCAUCCAAGAGUCACCCGAAUGAAUUUUUAUUGAGCCAGCAGACGCAACAGCUCGUGGAGGAUGGCGACAACAGCUCGAGCGGCGUCAGCUCCGAUCAGGAUGUCCCGGUUGGUCCGCCAACAGGUUUUGACGACACGUCGAGAAACGACAACAACGCCGUACAAUCGACUAUUUCGUCGGACAAAGAAAACAAUAAUCCAAAGAGGAUGAAUUACAGCAGUGGAAUGCUAACCAGGCAUGCGGUUAGUCUGGCACAAUUACCGCCGCCCAUUGAGGCCGAUGCUGAGGAACAAAACAACGAUCUUUUCGUGCCGCCACCGCCAGAAUUUAACGCCGGUCCUUCGGCGAACAACGGUGGCGAUAACGAGCUCGUGUUCGCCCCACCUCCACAAUUCUGCGACACCCGACAGUCGCAAAGUCGCGUUAAGAUUAUCGGUGCAAUACCCAAAGUUGGCAAUAACCAAGUUAAACCACCGACCGGUCGGCUUCACAGCCAGUAAAGAAACAAUAAAGCAGGGCUUUUGAUGCUAACUUUCAACGUUGUUGUCUCGUUUUCUCACGGCCGGGUUUUUUAUGCAUUUUACAAAGAGCUCAUUGUAGAUUCGUCAUAAAAUCGUCGAAACAAUCGAGAUUUUUAAAUUGUUAACGCUUAACGAAGCUUCUUUGCGAGCCGAUCCAGCUGGUUUACCUGGUUGCUGGGAGCUGGGAAAUGCGUGUGCGUAACGAUUCAUUGUUUUUGAGGCCGCGACGGCCUAAGAACGCAGUAAGCGGCAGCACGAGCCAAGCAGAGAUAAAAAAAUGAAACGAAAAGUUUCCAAUAUCCCGGAUGUAGUUCUAAGUCAUAACAAGAGAUAAAAAAAAAAAAAACGAGCGAAUGAACGACGCGGUUGCAACAGUGAGAAAGGUUGACGCGUGUGAGUGGCAGGGUAUACAAGUACCGUUUGUUUUACAUGUUUCUAAUCGUCUACGACGUGUGUUUAAUAUUUUUUCAAAUAAAAGAAAAUCAAGAAAUAAGAAAGCGAAAGCAAACCCUAGAACGGAUAAGAACUUUUGGAUCGCGUCCGCAAUUUUCUCGGAUGCCUCUUAUGAUAACAAAGAAUUUUCAACGAAAUUCUUACGUGCUACACCGUUAAGAAUUGUUCUACUACACAGCUAAACGUAAAAAGAAUCGUUGUCGAGGUCGACCAGUUUCCCUAGAACUCUUCAUUUAAUGUCACGUGUCUAUAAUCAUAUUAGCACACUUGUGUACGUGUGGUUGUGCGUAUGUGUGCAUGGGUGGUAAGCGUGUGCGAGUGUGCAUGCACGCGAGCAAUGCGCGGUGUCAAAGUGCGCGAAAGACCUGGAGCUUCUUCGAGCUUUGGUAUCCGACUGAUUAUGAGAUCCGCAAUGAGGCGAAAAACCAAGCUUAGCGUACGUUCUCGGACGUCGAUAUCGACGAAACGAAAAAUAUAAAAAAGGAAUGAAUGAAGUAUGAAAAAUCAAAGGUCGAAGCGCAACCUACCUAAUUUUAAGUUCUUCUUGUGACUGUAGACUACUACUGCUCAAAAGCCUAAAUACGCAAAGCUAUUCACAAAGUCAUUAGAGAUUGUUUCUAGUUUUAAUAAUGGUUAAUUACACUAUAUACAAAACUGUACUGUACUGUACGUUGAUCAGACGAAAAGAAAAGAAGAACAGAGAACACGGAUAUUCACGGCUGUAAACUACUACUUGUGAGUCGCAUAGCUGGAUUCCGAAUGCAAUGUAUUAGGGACUAAGGUGAAAUAAGAAGAGGAAAGAAGAAAAGGAAAAGAAACGAAAAACGAAGUAAAGAAAAAACAAGAGAAAAAUAAGAGCACUCGAUAAUUUUCGGCUUGUAAGAUAGAGACCGUAUUCCUUCCAUUCUUAAUAACCGGACCACUUCGGGAGAUCGCGAGGUUUCGCACUUUUUGCAUAUUGUUAACAAAAACAAAAGGAUAAAAAAACGAAAAAGUAUAACAAACGAUAAAAAAAUAAAAAUAAAAAUAAAGAACAAACAAAGUAACGGAUUAUCCGAAAAUAGGUCUUUUUCACGCAAGAUCGCGGACACAAAGUUUUGUGAUACUUCUGGCAUUAAACCAUCUCUCAUCGCUUCCCUCUUUAUAUUUUAUUGCAAAUGUUUUCCCCCCUUAUCUUCGACUUUUUUUUUUUAACUUGUACAUAAGCAACGCGUCCUCGUUAGUGUUUGUAAUCGCGGUUAUAAUCGAAUAACGCUCUUGUCAACUACCCCAAGAGUUGAUUCUAAGAGAGUCCCAUACACAAACAAACACACACGCACCUCGAAACCUCUCGUUUCCUCGCUGACAGUGCUAUAUAUUGUAAAUAUAUAAUAACGAAUACCAUUGCUACAUAUAUUGAAAUAUCAAUAAAAUUAAUGCGAUUGGGUUUAUUAUUAUUAUUGAUGAAGAAGAUACGGUAAUAUUAAGCGUCUCUCCGUGAACGACGUCCUUCCUAAUAAUUCGUUCUACAGGGCGUCCUGUGCCCUGCGAUUCACAGUGUAAACUCGAAAUCAGAUCGUAACUCAGAGUCGAAAGGUCUCGUAAUUUUUCAAGGGCCUCUCUUCCGGUUUGUUUUUAAACACUAAAGUUGAAGAAAGAGCUUCCUUUCCUCGGAGAUGCUGCUCGAACGAUUGGAGGGGGAAAGCCUUAGGACCGAUCUUGUAAACGAUGAAAUCUCAAAAAGAAGCUCUAACGGCACUUUCAGAUCUUCAGUAAGAUCGCAUUUUUUCGUGGCAACCUUUUUCAGAGAAAUUUUAUUUUUUAUGAGAUUGAACCUACAGCAUUUCACUUGGAUUCUAAGCUUCCUAGCGGUUCCCGAACUGGAAGAAUUCAUUUUCGAUAACUUUGGUGUUUCUUGACUCGAGAGUAAGAAACCUGGAGAAAAAACUUAACGAGACAUUUCCAACCGAAAUUCAGCGCUGAAUAAGAGUGUUCGUUUGCGAUCAUUGGGCACGGGACCUCCUGUAUAUGCCUUCGCAAGUUAUUUAAAAAAAUCAUAUUACAAUGAAGUAUGAGUAUUACGUCACCGCAUACUUGGCUCGUCGUCAAAUUGACGAAACAGCAUCGGAAAAGUUGAUUGUAAAACAAAACUGUAAUUCUUCUCAAAAAUGGAAGACGAGUUUAGCCAAUGCAAAGGAUUUUUGCGCCCGCAUUUCUAUGCAUUUUCAUUUUUUUUUUUUUUUUCUUUAGUCAUGCAGAAUACUAUGAACAGACAUUUGCUAAUUUUUUUAAUGGCUCAUUUCAUCAACCGUAUAAAAAAAUGAUCAUUUCGUUGUAAAUUCUAUGAAAAAUUCUGAGACGCUACAAAAAAAUUGCUCCUUUACUUUUUGCUGUUAUUCUUAGGCCACGGCGGACUCGAAUCGAAAUAUUUCUCCCUGACAAUGAAAACUUCCGUGUAUUCUACAGACCGAUUUCGAUGAUGAGUAAAAAAACUAUUAAAAUGCUAUAAAAGUAAGGACCAAAAUCCUUUGCAUGGGCUCAACGAAGAUUGGCAAGCGUUGAGAAGAACACUGCAAAUAUGAAUUUUCUCCAUCAACUUAUAGGACCAAAACAUUUCACUUCCUAUAUCAAUAUAAUAAGACAUCAUCCGAUCAUCGAGCGUCGUUAUGUGAAUUUUAUUUAUUAUUUCUCAAAUAAAAGGCUGGCGACGAAAUGAAAGUACACGAAAAAAAAGUAGAAGAAAAAGAAGAAGGAUCGAUGGAUUGGGUGGAUUAUAAGGACGACGAGCUUGGUGUGUCGGUGAAGACUGUAGUUACGACAUUCCUGCCAAAAGUAAUAUAAUAAUAAUUAAUAUAUCGAAAUUUAUACGAAAGAUAGACUUGCAGGUAUGUGAAUUACGCAAUAGCGUAAUUUCGUACGAUAGAUAACAACACACAAACACAAUUGUGGCCACAGUUUUUCAAAAGUUAAUACUUUGUAAACACAAUUCAUCAUCGUCAUCAUCAUCAUCAUCAUCAUCAUCAUCAUCAUCGUUGUCAUUGUCAUUGUCAUCAUGUCAUCACCAUCAUUCAAUAUACUCGAGUUAACGUGCGACUUCCUUGCCGAGGUGAGCAAAACUCAAUAUGUCAAUUUUUCCACAAUUGAUAAAAGCGUUAAAAAAUACACCGCACGAUACACGAGCUCUGAAAAAACUUUCGUAAUGGAAAAGAGCACCGUUUGAAACUGUAUCGCGAAAUGAAAGGUCAAUGGAGUCGUUUUCAUUCCCCGCUACAUACCCGAAGAACAACAAGUUUCUACAAAACGUUAAGUUCUCUGAGUAAAUCUGGCAAAGGAGGUAAUAUAAUAUGAAAGAUUAUAAAUUUAUAUAUACACGCGCAGAAAGUAAAGGAAAUAAGCUGUGAGGCCAAUAAAUGGAACAAAAAACCGGGGUGAACGAAUUUAGUUAAGAACAAAACCAUCUCUUGACUAUGAUGUGAAAAAAUUAAACCAUUUGUAUUUCAUUCCCAUAUAGAAUUCAAUAUAUUGUGCGAUAACAAACAAACAAGAAAUACACACUGAGAUUAAACCGCAACGUAAAAACAAAUACUAAAGAAUUAAAAAAAAAAAAAAAAAAAAAAAAAAAUACACAGUUAAACGUAUUUGCUAUAUUAAAUGUUAACAAAACAACCGGGUACUCAUCGAGAUGACGAUUUAUUCGAUCGCAUUUGAAUUCAAGACACCCUCAUAGACGCGAUUUAUUACGCAGACACUUUUUCCUCGAAGCUACCCGUAAAAGUAUUUCAUAUAUAUACAUGAUGAAAAAUGUAUUAUAUAUACAAUACAUGAAGUUAUUCUAUACACAUAUACGACUAUAUGAAUUGUAUAUAGUUGUAUAUGUAUAUAUAUAUAAAUAUAUGUAUAUGUGUGUAGCUUUAUUAAUCGGUACAAGGAGUAACCUUCAUUCUACUAGGUCACUUCCUGUGUCAAGCAAUAAAAAUAUACACAAAUUAGUUAUGAUGCGAAGGUGGUGUGACACACGGUUUCGAGAGACGAUCCAAGGCGAUCAAUAUAUAAUUGCACUGUGAACGACUGAAAUUUUGAAAAAAUGAGAGAGAGAGAGAGAGAGAGAGAGAAAAAAAAACAAAAAAAGGAGAAACAAACAAAACACUAAUUAUUUUGUUAAACGUAACCCCACGACCCGCAAAAAUCCUUCCAUUAUGUUUACCUAUCAGCCGUCAUUAUUCACCUACGAUCGCAUAUAUGAUUCUAAAUCUAACUGUCAUACGAUCACAGUUAUAGAGUGUUUUUUGUAUUAUAGUUAUUGUAUACUGUGAGUUACGAGGUACACGCAAUUCUUCAACGAUAAAUAAUAACCGAAUCAUGUUCAAUUAA